AUGACUGAGGCGGCGGAAUUGCUCUUACGGGGACAGACCGUCACCCGCUCUGUCCUUCUUAUGAAACCGGAAACACCGAGCUCGAGAGAGCUACGUGCCAAACUGCGCGCUUCUAAGUUCUACUUUGAGAAAUUCCUAAAAAAUUUGCAAACAAGUUCGGACGAUGAUCGACAAGUCCUCGAGAAUAUUAUUAUCAGCCAGUGUGAAGUUGUUGUCAGAAGGUUAGAGAGCAAACUGGAAAACGCCAGCGAGCCUGAAGGGUACAUACACAGUUUGUGGCAAUAUCCCUUUUUCAGUGACCGGAAUUCAUGGGAAAGCUUAACAGAAGACCUCGAAAGAGCCGUUGCCGCUGCAGGUUUUCACUUUUAUUACAAGUUACACGAACGUUCUGAUCAACAACUUAAGCAAACGCUUGAGAUGAUCGCCCGACAGGAUAGAACAGAAGCGGUGCGACGUUGGCUUUUGUCUCCUGAAGAACCCGCCAUCUUUUGGCACGCAAUGAAUGGACGAGACAUCGUUAAAACGGGACGGUGGUUUAUUAAGAGCAAACAAUUUGGCGAUUGGUUGACAGAGAACGGUUCUUUUCUUUUGGUUCAGGGGCCCGAAGGAUGCGGCAAAUCUUUCCUUUGUGCUACGGCUCUCGAACAUGUGGAACAGCAACACAGAGGUGGACGAAGUUUUUUGCAAAUUGGAGUUGCCUCUUUCUUCUUCGAUGACAACCCAAAGCAGGGACAAAGGCAAGAUGAAGCCGAUAUGCUACGUUCGCUGCUCUGGCAGCUUUCCGGCCAGUUGGGUGACGGGCAUAGGCACCUACAUGAGUGUCUGCGUGAUUCAAGCUUCACAAAAGAUUCACUGUGCCGUUUCCUGCUUGAAAUCGUCAAAAUGUUCGGUCGGACGUUCAUUCUGAUAGACGGCUUGGGUGUAGCCACAAGCACUAAAGUGUCAACGGUCAUCGAACAAAUGCGUGAAUCUUGCCCAUCUCUUCAUCUUUUGGUCACAAGUCGUGAUGUUCCCGAGGUGUAUGAAUACUUCAACGCCGAACAGAAUGAAACCGUCGCUAUGAGCAAUCAAGAAGGGGUUCAAUGCGACAUUUCUAGCUGGGUUACCCAACAACUUGAGAGUCACGUUAUCUUAGGGCGUUACAACGAUAAACAUGGCGAAAUUCGUUCUGCCAUAACCGAACGUGCCCAAUAUUGCUUCCGCUAUGCGGCGUACAUGUUUCGUCAUAUUGGAAAAGCCGGUAGUAAGAGCCAGUUAAACUCUAUACUAUCAACCAUAUCCAAAUUGCCUUGUUCUUUGGAUGCUGCACGCAAGGGCGAUCCUGGGGGGUUCGAAGAAAUGGCGAAGAGCUUGGGUACUUAG